AUGGCUCCUUCUUUAUAUACAUUCACAUCAGAGACUCUCUCUCAAUUGCAAAAAUUUCGUUUUGCAAGUGCUAGAGCAUCCAAAAUGCAGGCCAUCAUAUAUGAAAUCGAUAAGGAAUCCUACGAAGUGAGAAAGGAAGAUGAUGAAGUAUAUGACAACAUCGAAGACCUCAUUGAAGAGUUACCCGAUAAUAGUGCCAGAUUCGUAGUGUUGUCAUAUCCAUUCAAGUUACCAGAUGGAAGAUUAAAAUCUCCAUUGGUUUUAGUUUACUGGAGACCACCAACCAGUGGACAAGCAAGCAAGAUGUUAUAUGCUGGCGCAGUAGAAUUAAUUAGAGACAAGGCUGGAGUAUCAAAAUUAAUAGAGGCAACUGAAGAGGAAGACUUUGAAGAUUUAGAGAAACAAUUACAAUAG